AUGUCGGGCCAAAACCCAGCUUUGCAGUGUCCUCAGCUCAGAUGCCCUUCUAGAUCCUUGGCGUCCUCAGGUGUUCCUGGCAAAGCUGGCAGCAACCUCUUGCUGUACUUAAUUGUAGGAGGAACAGUCACUGGGACAGGAGCCUAUGUGUACAAGACACUGCGGGAGAACAAAGAGCGGUUCACCAGUCGUGUCACCAACAUCACCACACACUCUCAGGAGGAUGGAUCCUCUCCCUCUGCUCCAAGGGCUCAUGAGAUCCCAUCCCCCUGCCUGCUGAUUGGUGGAGGAACUGCUGCUUUUGCUGCUGCCAGAUCCAUCCGGGCACGGGACCCCGGGGCGCGGGUGCUGAUUGUGUCUGAGGAUCCUGCCCUGCCCUACAUGCGUCCACCUCUUUCCAAAGAGCUCUGGUUCUCAGAUGAUCCAAACGUGACAGAGACGCUGCGGUUCAAGCAGUGGAACGGGAAGGAGAGGAGUAUCUAUUUCCAGCCGCCGUCAUUUUACGUGCCUGUCCGUGACCUGCCUUCUGUGGAGAAUGGAGGAGUGGCAGUUCUCUGUGGCAAGAAGGUUGUGCACAUGGAUGUUAGAGGCAACACAGUGAAACUCAACGAUGGCACCCAGAUAUCCUACGACAAAUGUCUCAUUGCCACUGGUGGCACCCCAAGGAACCUGCCUGCCAUCGAGAGAGCAGGGAAAGAUGUGCAGAGGAGGCUGACGCUGUUCCGAAAGAUUGAGGACUUCAAAAGUCUGGAGAAGAUUUCAAGAGAAGUCAAGUCCAUCACAAUUAUUGGUGGUGGUUUUCUCGGCAGUGAGCUGGCCUGUGCCCUGGGGAGAAGAGCACAAACCAGAGGCCUGGAGGUGAUUCAGCUGUUUCCAGAGAACGGCAACAUGGGCAGAAUCUUGCCAGAAUAUCUCAGCAACUGGACGACAGAGAAAGUCAGAAAAGAGGGGGUCAAGGUGAUGCCCAACGCUGUGGUCAAGGCUGUCUCUGUCUCGGGCAACCGGCUGGUGAUUAAACUGAAGGAUGGACAAAAGGUGGAAACGGACCAUAUAGUGGCUGCAGUAGGGCUGGAGCCUAACGUGGAACUGGCCAAGUCUGCUGGGCUGGAGGUGGACUCUGACUUUGGAGGGUUCCGGGUGAACGCGGAGCUGCAGGCACGCUCCAAUAUCUGGGUGGCCGGGGACGCCGCCUGCUUCUACGACAUCAAGCUGGGGCGGCGGCGCGUGGAGCACCACGACCACGCCGUGGUCAGCGGGAGGCUGGCUGGGGAGAACAUGACGGGAGCUGCAAAGCCCUACUGGCACCAGUCCAUGUUCUGGAGCGACCUGGGCCCCAACGUGGGGUACGAAGCCAUCGGCCUGGUGGACAGCAGCCUGCCCACGGUCGGGGUCUUUGCUAAAGCCACUGCAAAAGACACUCCCAAGAGUGCCACGGAGCAGUCAGGGACGGGCAUUCGAUCCGAGAGUGAAACAGAAGCAGAAGCCUCAGAAGUUCACAUUUCUCCAGGCUCUUCACCGACGCCUCAGGUUCCAAAGCAAGGAGAAGAUUAUGGCAAAGGCGUCAUUUUCUACCUCAGGGAGAAAGUGGUGGUUGGAAUUGUCCUGUGGAACAUCUUCAACAGGAUGCCCAUUGCCCGGAAGAUCAUCAAGGAUGGGGAGGAGCACGAAGACCUCAAUGAAGUGGCGAAGCUUUUCAACAUCCAUGAAGACUGAACUCCAGCAGGAAACUGCAGCAGGA